AUGGACACGCUUCACGCAAAGGCCGAGUGGGAGCGUGUUGGUGAGCGCUGGUUUCGCAAGACGCAGCAGUACACGUCCAUUUUCGACGAGAGCUUGGACCUGGACACAUACAUUGUCACCGGCGCUCCCUACGCAGGCGCUCUCGCCCUGUGGCCGGACGAGACAAAGCUACAGGCCCACCAGCCUGGCAAGUCGUCCAAGCCAUCCAUAGACAUAUACAGCCUCGCCGGGCAGAAGCUCCGCAGCAUAUCAUGGGAUCAGGGCUCCAUCAAGGGCCUGGGCUGGUCCGACGCCGAGACGCUGCUCGUCGUGGCCGCUGAUGGCCAUGUCCGCUGCUACGACCUGCAGGGCGACUUUAGCUUCUUUUCGCUAGGCCACGGCGCCGACAACUAUGGUGUUGAAUCCUGCCGCUUCUACAACAGUGGCAUGGUGGCUUUACUCGGCAACAAUACGCUCGUCACAGUGGCUUCGUACUCGGAGCCGCGGCCCAAGCUCCUCGCCACGCCGCCAAGCGGCGAAAUCGGCGCCUGGGCCAUUGUGCCGCCAGCCUAUACGCUCUCGCGCUCUGUUGAGGUUCUGCUGAGCAUCGAGGCUACCGUGUACAUCCUCGAUGCCGCAGACUGCGAGGAUCGUCUCCCUGACUUUGGCUCGCUGAGCCACAUAAGCGUGUCACCCGACGGCCGCUUCGUGACGCUCUAUGCCAGCGACGGCAAGGCGCACGUCACGUCGAGCGACCUACAGGAUCUCGAAUUUGUCCACGAGUCUGAUUCCAAGACGCCGCCGCAGUAUGUUGAGUGGUGUGGCUCCGAUGCUAUUAUUGCUUGGGAAGACGAGGUCCAUAUCAUAGGGCCUAAUGAUCAGUCUGCUUCAUAUAUCUACGAUAGUACACGAGUCCAUGUCAUCUCUGAACCUGAUGGUGCUCGUUUGAUAACGAAUGACUUUUGUGAAUUCCUCGAAAGAGUACCAGAUGCCACGAUUCAGGCUUUUGGUGCAGCGACAGAAUCGUCACCGGCGUCGAUAUUGCUGGACGCCGUGGGUCAACUGGAGCUGGAAUCACCAAAGGCAGAUGACUACAUCCAGCUCAUCAGGCCCAAUUUAACAGAAGCAGUGGACACGUGCGUCAAUGCCGCCGGGCGUGAGCUCGACACCAACUGGCAGAAGCGCCUCCUUAAGGCAGCUUCCUUUGGCAAGUCAGUGCUUGAUAUAUAUAACAGCGAUGAUUUUGUGGACAUGUGCACAACCUUACGCGUGCUGAACGCCGUCCGCUUCUACAAAAUCGGCAUUCCCAUUUCUUUCGAGCAAUACCAACAGCUGACACCCGAGCGUCUCAUCAACCGCCUUUUGACACGGCAUGAGUACCAGCUGGCUCUCAAGAUUGCCUCGUACUUGAAGUUGCCCUCUGAUGGGAUAUAUACGCACUGGGCGUCCUCAAAGGUACGCAUUGGCACGGAAGACGACGAUAGUGUUUGCAGGCUAGUCGUGGAGCGCCUUUCAGGCAAGUCGGGCAUCUCUUUUGAAGAGAUAGCUCGUGCUGCGCACCAUGAAGGCCGCAGCAGAUUGGCGACCGAACUUCUGAAUCACGAACCCCGAGGAGGCAAGCAGGUACCGCUCUUGCUCGACAUGGAAGAAGAUGAGCUCGCGCUGGACAAGGCUGUUGAGAGUGGAGAUACAGACUUGAUUUUAUUUGUCUUGCAGCACUUGAAGAGCAAAACAGCGCCUUCGCAAUUUUUUCGCAUCAUCAACUCGCGGCCUGUGGCAACGGCACUCGUCGAGUCAUCGGCAGUGCAAAAGGGCGACAAUGCCAUGCUGAAAGACUUGUACUAUCAGGAUGAUCGCCGUGUCGACGGCGCCAAUGUGUUUGUUCGGGAGUCGCUUCAGCAAUCAGAUGUGCGAACAACGGUAGACAAGCUGGCUCUUGCCGGGAAGCUGCUGUCCGACGCCAAAGAGGCUGCUGUGGAAGCCCACGCUAUCAAAGAAGCUACGGCGCUAUUACGCAUGCAGGAGGCUCUUGACCGGGAUCUGGCAGAAAGGUUUUACGGUUUGAGCGUCAACGAGACCAUGGCCAAGCUCAUCCAACUAGGCUACAACGGGCGAGCCAAGAAGAUUCAGAGCGAAUUUCGGGUUCCCGACAAGGUGGCGUGGUGGAUUCGGCUGCAGGCCCUCAUUGCGAAGCGCGAGUGGAAUGAGAUUGAGGAUAUCGCCAAGGCAAAGAAGAGCCCCAUUGGUUGGAAGCCCUUUUACAAACUCACCCUCCAGGCAGGGAACCCACGACUAGCGGCGCAGUUUGUGCCCAAGUGCACGGGUCUGGAACCGGGCGAGGCGAUGGAAAUGUACGAGGCGUGCGGCAUGCGCGUCAAGGCCGCCGAGGAGGCGGUGCGGCUCAAGGAUGCCGAGUCGUGGCAGCGCUUGCUGGAGCUAGCGGGUCGCGGCACGCAGGAAGGGCGCGAGAUUGAGCGCCUGGGAAGCACAGUUUUCAAAUAG